GUAUAAAAGCCCUGUUUGUGCCCAGAACGAGCUCCAUUCCCCAACAUGGAGAGUCAGAGAAUCCAGUCCUCGUACAGGAAGCGUUUUGGGCCCCAGAGCUCGAGCAGCUCUGGAGUCAGAAUUGGUGGCCUUUCUUCUAGCCGCCUCUCCUGGCAUGGCACCCCUCGCAAUGUCACCCACUCCAGUCCUGUGUCGCGGAUCUCCCUGGGCUCAAGCAGCACAGCCCUGCUGCUGGGGAGCCCUGUUGACCGGCUGGACUUCUCAGCUGACUCUCUGUUGAAGGCCCAGUACAAGGAAACACGAACUAACGAGAAGAUGGAGAUGAUGGGCCUGAAUGAUCGCUUUGCCAGUUACAUAGAGAAGGUGCGCCUGCUGGAGCAGCAGAAUAAGGUGCUGGUGGCAGAGCUGAACCAGCUGAAGGGGAAGGAGCCAAGCCGACUGGGAGACAUCUACCAGGAGGAGCUCAGGGAGCUACGACGACAAGUGGAUGGUCUCACCAACAACAAGGCUCGACUGGAGGUCGAGAGGGAUAACCUGGCUGCAGAUCUGGCUGCACUUAAGCAGAAACUGCAAGAUGAAAUCGGGCUCCGACAGGAUGCAGAAAAUAAUCUAAAUGGCUUCAGACAGGAUGUGGAUGAGGCAUCUUUAAAUCGUGUCCAGCUGGAGAGGAAGAUUGAUGCACUGCAGGACGAGAUAAACUUCUUGAAGAAAAUCCAUGAGGAGGAACUGCGUGAGUUACAGGAGCAGAUCAUGGCCCAGCAGGUCCACGUCGAUCUUGAUGUGUCUAAACCAGACCUGACGGCUGCUCUCAGAGACAUUAGGGUCCAAUAUGAAAACAUGGCAAGUUCGAAUAUGCAGGAGACUGAGGAAUGGUAUCGAUCCAAGUUUGCUGACCUGACAGAUGCAGCCAAUAGAAAUGCAGAAGCCCUCCGCCAGGCCAAGCAGGAAGCCAACGAAUAUCGUCGUCAGAUCCAAGUGGUCACCUGUGACCUGGAGGCUCUUCGUGGCACAAAUGAGUCACUGGAACGCCAGCUCCGGGAAAUGGAGGAGCGCUGUGCCAUGGAAACAGCCGGAUACCAGGAUACAGUGAGCCGACUGGAGGAGGAAAUCCAGGCCCUGAAAGAGGAGAUGGCAAGGCACCUGCAGGAGUACCAGGAUCUCCUCAAUGUCAAACUGGCUCUGGAUAUUGAGAUUGCCACAUACAGGAAGCUCCUGGAGGGAGAGGAGAGCAGGAUCACGAUUCCAGUUCAAAGCUUUUCCAACAUGCAGUUUAGAGAAACUAACUUGGACACUAAAACUCCUGAGGCCCAUGUGAAGAGAAGCAUCCUGGUUCGAACUGUGGAGACCAGGGAUGGGGAGAUCAUUAAGGAAUCAACCACUGAACACAAAGAUCUUCCUUAAAGUUUCAAGACCAGCUCAUCCAUAUUUCCUUAGUUACUACCUGGGGAUUCUGAAUGUGCAUUAUUGGAUAUUACUACCAUUUUUAUUUGUUUGUCUCCAGACACAAAAGCUACCCCCAUCAAAUUCACUGCAUUCCUCUCUUUUCCCUCCUCCAUCACCUGCUUCUUUUUAUUGCAACCACAAUAUAACCACCGAUUGUACUUAGUCUCCCUUGUCAGAAUUUCUCCUGAAAGAUAUCUCGGUGUGGCUUUGUGUACAGCUCCACCAUAAACCUGAAGUGUUUGCAGCCCAGUCACCUUACACCACCUUUAAAUUUUUUCCAAUAAAAACUAAGUAAGCUGUUUUAAUUUUAACUUGAGCUGACAGGACAGAUUUUUAGCAUUGAUUCCGAUUAAAUGACACAGAAAAGAAUCAUAGUGAUUAUGUUUAGCAUGUAGCAUGGUGGAGAUUGAUGUGCAUGUGAAAUGUGGCAAGUGAAAUAAAGGAGGGAGUUGCAGAUGCAGACACUUUAAAUGGAUUUAGGCAAGUAAUGGCAGAUAUGUGUGUGUACUGCAGCUUUUGUCAGAGCAUGUGAGUCUGAAUUGUUGUUUUUUUCUUUUAACCCUUCGUUUGGUUUUAUUUUGAUUUUUCACUCCCUUUGUUCUAGUCCAUACUUGUAUAUUACUUAUUGAAUGUAAAGUAUAGCACACAUGCAUAGGUAGAUACAUUAUAUGCAUCGCAUUGCAAUGACUGCCCAAACAAAGCUAUCUCUGCUGCUCUGCGGACUUAAAUCUGCACAACCAGAUGGGAGUACAAAUAAAUGUGCAGAUAUACGUCAUGAGGGAAUAACUAUGGCGACUUCUAGAGCGUUCAUUCGCUCUAUAAAAAGUGUAAGAGCUUGUCAGCAUCAACAUUUGUGUAGGGCCUCUAAAAUGCCCUCCAUCACUGUCCUUUCACUCCCUUGUCUCUUCUUUAGCAUCCUCUGCCUCUUGAACACAACCUGAUAAGGCCAGAGUUUUUUGACACCAGGAUGCGUCAUGACAUGCCCACUUAUCCAGUAGCGAUAACAGGAAAAGACAGGCAAGUUUACAGGUGUGGGUACUGACACGGCUUUUGCCCUGCAGCCUCCACCAAGUGUCAGCCAGCUCCUGUAUUUUAGGCUGAUAGCAGAGGAAGACACAGAGACCAUGCGGUUGUUAUAAUAACCUCACAUAUAAACUGUGCUGCAGUUCUGACUUUUCCUUUUUUUUCUUUUUGAAUGGGAGGAAUUUAGAUUUUUUUUAACUGCUGGAAGCAUAGAUGGACAUCACAGUUCAAACGCUGUAAUCCAAGCCCCAACUUUUGUUGAAUACCCCACAGACUGAAGCAGUGUUGACAGGACCUGCCACUAAUGAGAGUGGUGCUACGCCAAAGCCGGCUGUGUCUGUACUUGUCGCCAAGGACACCAUGUGUUCAUGCCUAGCACCCUUUACACUGGAACUCUCACCCCCAUCCCUCAGCCACUUCUCCCUUUUCCUCUAAUAACACUUAGCAACUUAUUUUGUUUUACUGAAUGUCAAAUAGAAGUUUUUGCUCCUUUGCUCUUUAGAAACCUCUGCAGGUGUGAAUAUAACAUUAGUUUUGACCAGUGCUAUGAGCUGUGAUGUCAUGUUAACAAAAAUAAAACAAUUUGUUUGCUAA